AACAAAAGCUAGUUCUUAGCUGAGUCAGUCCAAACAGAAACCCCCCCUCUCUCUCUCUCCUCUCUCUCUACUGAUCGUUGCUUUGUGGGGAGAUCACUGCCUACAAUCGCCCUAAUAAUUCACAGGUUGUUUUAGCCUUUUUCUGAUCAGAGACUUACCUGUUAGGUUCGUGCGGUAUGAGUAGAGAGAAGGAGAGGCCGCCGGAGCCCCUUGAUUUCUUUAUUUGGUCUGUUGAGGAUGUUGGCCUGUGGUUGGAAGAGAUAAAUCUUGGCACCUAUAGGCAGAUUUUCAAGGAAAAUGGGGUUAAUGGAGAGUAUUUGGAAGGGAUGUCAAUGUUCACGACCGAGCAGAUCCUCAGGUUCAUAAGGAAGUGCCACAUGAAAUGGGGGGAUUUUAUAACCUUGUGCAAGGAGCUGAGGCGAAUAAAAGUGGCUUGCUUGAAAGGGGAACAAAAGGUGCGUCGACCUUGGUGGGCUCCAUCUUGUCUUUCGACUGCAUUUGACAAGGCUGCAGAACGCAACCGGCAGAGUCGAGUUGUUUCAUUGAAGCUGGAACCAUGAGGUAAACUAUCUUUGGUAUGUAUGCAUGUUUAUAUGUUUGUUUUGUAUGCAUGUUAUGUAUCUAUGUAUGUGAUUUUGGUUUUAAAUUGCAGAAGCAAAAAGUUAUAUAUAUGCAUAAUUCUAUGCUGUCUUGAAUUUUGCUAA